AUGUCAAAGCCUCUUGUUUUGUACACCUUUGGCACGCCUAAUGGGCACAAGCCCAGCGUUUACCUCGAGGAACUCAAAGCUGCCUAUGGACCGGCGAAGAUCGACUAUGUGCCUCAUUCGGUGCAUAUCGGGAAGAACGAGCAGAAGGAACCGUGGUACAUCGCCAUUAAUCCCAAUGGACGGAUCCCCGCGCUCACUGAUCCCAACCGGAACAACUUCAAUGUCUUCGAAUCUGCUGCGAUCCUGCUCUAUCUCGCGCAACACUAUGACCCAGAGCACAAGUUCUCCUUCGAUCCUGUGACGCAGCCGGACGACUACUCGGAGUGCUUGCAGUGGAUUUUCUUCUCGCACGGUAGCAUCGGGCCGAUGCAAGGGCAGGCCAAUCACUUCUUAAGGUUUGCACCAGAAAAGAUUCCAUACGGUAUCACACGUUACCAGAACGAGACGAAACGUCUGUACGGCGUGCUCGAGAUCCGCUUUUCCCAGAAUGGAGGGAGGGAAUACCUCGCCGGCCCAGGCAAGGGCAAGUACAGUAUCGCCGAUAUCAACGCCUAUCCCUGGGUGAACGGGCACGCCUUUGCGGGCAUCGAGAGUGUCGACAAAUGGCCGGGUGUCAAGGCCUGGCUGGAACGGAUCCGGGCGAGAGAGGCGGUCGAAAAGGGGAUGCAUGUGCCCAACUGA